AUGUGCAGCCUCGCUCCCCGCGCCGCCGCCGCUCCAGCAGCAGGCUUCGGCAUCGGCGGCGCCACCGCAUUCCUCGACCGGCAUCGGGGCGUCGCCGCCGCCGCGACUUCGUCGGGCCACAACGCUGGGGAGCCGACCCGCCGCGCCCGUGCCCGCGCCUCCGAGGCGUCCACCGCACCCGCUCGGAAGCGUGGCCGCCACGACGACGGCUUCGAGCACGUCGCCGUCGAUACUGUAGCCUCGUCAGCGCUGCGGAGCCGGAUGGACAAAGAGCUCGUCGCUCUCCAAGGUCUCCUCAAGAGAGCCAAGCUCUUGCCUCGCUCCGCCGCUCCCCACGCCGAGAAGAAGUGCGCGCCAGCGCCGCCACGACCAUCAGAGGCGCCGUCGGCGGGAGCAAAGAGGACGACGACGACGUCGCAACCCAAGGGCAAGGAAGCAGCAACGGAGGCGGCGUGUCAUCAGACUCAGAUCACGGCACGACCAGCGAAUUCGAAGCAGCAGCAGCAGCAGCGCCCGGUGCAGCGCGCAGCGGCCAAGAACCCGAUCGCGGUGGAUGUUCCCAACAAGCAGCGGCCGGCGGCCGAGGCACCAGCAGCAGCGAAGCCGAAGCGGCAUCAGCAGCAGCAGCACCCGGUCCAGCGUGCAGCGGCGGCGGCCAAGACGACGGAAGUUCCGAAGAAGCGGCGACCGGAGGAGGAGGAGGAGAAGGAGCGUGCGCGCGCAGCCGAAAGGGAGGAGUUCCGGCAGAUGCUGCUGGAGAUGGAGAAGGCGGCGCUGCCCGACGAGACGAUAUACCCGGAGGAUCUGGAGGAGCUCGGCAUCCCGUUCGAGUUCGUCGUGACUCGGACUUGGAAGCAGGCAUGUCUAGAUCACGCCAAGAAAGUGGAGCUCGUAGGAGCCUAG